AAAGCGCUUUUUGUCCAGGGAGUCAGCACUUGAGCGCAUUCCUUGACGUGGAGGUUCUCAACCUCUCUAAGGAUUUGACGAGGACAGAUACACAUUUUUAUAUGUUCAGAGAAACUUUUUUUUUGACAGAUCGCACAGGGGAAACUAAAAGGACUUGAGUUGUUUAUGUGAGCUCCUCCGCUUGGAUAAAGUUGCAAAGCGCAAGAAGCUCCCGAGUGCGCUCACUACUUAACUUGUCGGAGAGAAAGGGCAAAGAAGUCACAAGACCUGGCCCAUAAAAAAAAAAAAAAAGUGGGCUGAGAGCAGAGGAGAAAGCUUCUUGGGCUGAGCAGGGAGAGAGAAAGAGUCUGCACCAUGAAGGUCUUUCUCACUCCACUGAUGCCCUUCCUGCUCUUCCUCCUUGGACUUGACAGCACCUUGUCCAAUGACUGCCCAAAAGACUGCUCAUGUUCCCCGCCAGGAUCCAUCUUAUGUUUCCAGCGACGCUCCUCCACCAUUCCCCAGGGAGUGCCCCCAUCCACAAAAAACCUCUACCUCUUUGCCAAUGGCAUUGAGGGCUUGACAGCUGAGGACUUUGAUGGCCUGAUGAGCUUGGAGAUGCUGGACCUCAGUCAAAACAAACUGACUGAACUUCCUGACAGGGUGUUUGAACCACUGACCUCUCUGAGAAACCUGGACUUGUCAUCGAACCAGAUCACCUACAUUUCAGAGGAAUGCUUCCAAGGUAUGCCCUUGCUGGAGCGUCUCUACCUGUACAGUAACCAUAUCAAGGCAAUCCACCCUGCAGCCUUCAAUGGCUUGGAACAGUUACUAGAGCUCAAACUGCAGGGGAACCAGCUGACAUCCCUACCUACUCUUUCCAUGCCCCGGUUACUGCUGCUGGACCUUCGCUUUAAUAUCUUACCCUCACUGGGUCCUUCAGAUCUCCAGACUCCUAACCUGGAGUCCCUGAAGUUGGCUGGGGUAGGACUCACUAGCCUAGAUGAGGAGCUAAUGGCUAGUCUGAGGAACCUUCAUGAGCUGGACAUCUCAGGAAACCAGCUGGAAACAUUCCCCCUAGCACUGAAGGAGCCCAGGGGACUAAUCCACCUCAGCCUGGCUGGGAACCCUAUGGGUCCGUUGAAAGUGCAAGACCUGCAGAACCUGAGAGAUCUUCACGAGUUGGAUAUCAGCAGCCUCAGUCUGCAGGGCCUGCCUGAGGAGUUCUCCCAGUUUUUCCCCCAUAUGAAGAAGCUUACAGUGGCAGAGAACCCAUUCAACUGCCUGUGCACCUUAGCCUGGUUCCCCAGCUGGUUGAGAGCCCAGGGCAUCACCCUUGAGAGAACAGAGGAGACUCGUUGCCACUUCCCACCUAUCAAUGCUGGAAAGGUAUUGGAGAGACUGGAGCACAGAGAGUUUGGUUGCCCUACCACAACUACAGUCACCACCAGUACAGUCAAAACCAGCACAACCCUGUCUAUUCCUGUCACCACCUUACCAAGCACUACUAGCUCUAUACCAGUACCCAGGCCUAGUGACAAUCCUAUGGACACAGAGGAUGAUUCUCCCCAGCCUCCUGUCCCUGCCUCUCCUAGUAGCAGCAGCAUGGAUCCAGAGGUCGAGCAGCAUUUCUGCCCUUCCAACACCUGCCUGUAUGGAGGUACUUGUCUUUUGGAUCAGCGGGGUCAGGUGGGGUGCAUCUGCCCACAUGGCACCUCUGGCAUCUACUGUGAGAUCCGCCACCAUCCUCCACCCCCAUUACCUGAAGGAGAGGUGACUGUUGCAACCGUCACUGCAAAUGCACCAGACAUAAGCUCACGUCAUGUAACCUCGACCUCCAUCCUGCUGGACCUUCACCGGUACAUCAAAAAGCGGCCCUACAUCCGUGGAAUCCGCCUCUCCUACCGUAAUCUCUCUGGGCCUGAUCGAAGGCCAAUGCAACUAAACUUGCCUGCAUCCUACCCAGAAUAUAGACUCAGAGGCCUUAAGCCCAACUGCACCUAUGCUGUGUGUGCCAGUCCACUAGGUGCCCCUAGUGACAUGGACAAUGUCUGCACUGAGGCUCACACGGCUGCCCAGCUGGACAGCACCACAGGAGCACGGAUGGUGGACAAGAGGCUUACCACUAUGCUUGUACCUGCCAUGGCCAUCCUGCUACUGCUGGUGCUGAUAGCAGCUGCAGUGGGGGUGGUGUGCUAUCUCCGCAGGAAGAGGUCCAAGGGCCACCUCGACCUAGACUGUGAGCCCUCCCAGCUGGAGCUGGAGGGAGUUAAGGCGGGCUUGGACAAUGGGACACUCCCUCAGAAACAGCCAGAACUCAUGAUCCCUGAGCCUGCUGUUCAGAAUGGAAAUCUGGAGUAUGAGGUGUUGCUACUACAGGAUCACUGCACAUCAAACAACAAUAUGUCUUCUAGCAAGCCCUCUUACUUUUGACACCUGCCGUAGUGUUUUUCAAGACUUAAAGGAGGGUUUUAGUUCCUCACCUCUGUUCUCCCCAAUGAGGAAAUACAGAGACCUUCUACUGUUGCUGGUGACAGUGGAGGAGAGAGGACCAGCCAGCCUUACAGCAAUGGAGAGACAGAACAUAUGUUUAACUAAAUGCCCUGCAGUUGUCCAUGUAGACAUUAAACACAAUUAUUUUUGCAGACUUUAAAAAGCAUUUAAAGUGCCUCUACUCCAUUUACAUGCUGCAUCCUGCCUCUAUAAUGUUUCUUCAGUCACACAGCUGGACUGGCAACCUCUCAGCUCCUAUGAGAUCAGCAGCAGGUCAAAGGUCAAAGAUGCUAGGACAGGUGGUGUGUUGUCAUUGGCUGAAUUUUAGGGUUGAGGGUCAUACUGACCCCAUGCUCUCCUUUAUCUGUUCAGAAAGGAGUGUGCACUGAAAUGGGGCUGUGCUGCCAUUUCCCCAUUGUAACAACUCAACACUUUCAGCAAUUUGCUCUUUUGCUGUACGUUGAAACUCUUCAGCACUACCCCAAAGGGAACAGUGCUUGCUGUGAAUCACCUUCAAGACACCAAAUGAAGAGAAGUCUUUCAGAGAACAUGGCUGAUGCUUUUAUUGCUUUAUUUGGCCUUAGAGCUCUUGUGAAUUUGGCAUUUUUCUGUUGUAUAUACAUUUUUUUAUACUUGUGUCUUUGUGUUUUUGCGGUUUUUUUUUCUUAACUAUGUGACUGUUAACAGCCUUCGACCCCCCACCUUUUGUGACUAACAGACAAAACAGCAGAUUAAAAUCUUUGAAGAUUAAAACUCAUUUUGUACCAGCAGAGUCAAUCAAAGGGCUUUGCCCACAGAAUGUCAGACAGUCUAAGUACAUGUAAGUCCAGGCAGACUCAAAACUAAAUCCCCUCUCUCCAUUCUGAAACCCUCACCCUCCUUCCCCAACACAAAGAGAGCCAGUAAGCAAGAUUACAAAAGUUACAAAGGGAAGCAGUUGACUGUUUCAGCACUGCAGUGAGCCUUAACCACCUUUAGACCUUGCUUUAAGUACAAACUCAAAACUACACCAGAACACAAGGGAAGAGAACUUCAAAGACUUUAUUUAUUGUGUAUAUUCCCUGUGUGUUAUAUCCCUAAACUGCAAUUUACCAAGAACAUUCUAAUUGGUGUGGUGCACAACAAACUAAGGAGAUAGUGGUUGUGUAUGUUUCCCCUGGGCAAAAGCAGUGUGCUCGGCAUAUUGCAGCGCACCAUUAAUUUCUUCUUGGCAAAAUGGGUUCAAGUUUUGCUCACUUGCACCCAACUAGACUAUGAAAAGUCCAGACGUAGCACAGAAAAGUUAUUAGUGUUUAUAUGUACUCUGAGUUGAGGACAAUGCAACUUUCAGAAUGAGAGAUUCACAGCAAGAUUAUUAUAAAGACACACAGUGCUGAGAUCCAAAUCUGUGACUGGGGGAUGAAGAGGUACUCCAAGUAACCUUUUAUGUGUUGGUUGAAGAGUGUAUGUGUGUGUACCUCUCUGUCAACAUCAGUGAUAAUGCAAGAGCAUGUUCUGUCUUGUGCACAGACCUGCAGACAUCAAGUUACUUUCAAGUUACCCCUCUAAACAUGCAUGCCUAAGAGUACAUUAGACCCCUGACAACUCUACCUAUAAACAAACACACCAAACACACACAUCUGUGAAUGUCUGUAACUUCCUCACAGUAUUUCCAGGGCACAGCAUCAAGGUCUUUAAAAGCCACACACAAAUAAACAAAUAACCUAACUGGAAUCCUUGUCUGUAAAAUAAGAUACAUUGAAGAUUACCAAAAGUAUUUUCGAUGUGAUUGUUAAAUUUUUCCCUGUUUAUUUUGGGAAGCGUUGUUGUUAUAUGUCUUUUUCAUUGUUUAUAUUGAUUCUGUGAACUUAUUUGUACAAGUGGAAAAAAGUGUUAUUAUCAUGAAAAAUAAAUUAAUAUCCAAACAGGAAA